AUCAUCACAAACUUCUAAAACCCCGGGCCGUGUAGGGUUCUUGCGUCCGCAAGCCCCUGUCUCCUCUUCGUCCCGCCUGUUUUCUUCCAGUCCAUGGCAGGAAAGACGGAAAACAGGUGAAGCUGCGUCAAGUUCCCUGAGAAACUAAGCACACGCCCCACCCUCCGGCUGAAGCACCCGCUUGGUAGUUUUCUGUGUUCUCUCUCAUCAACAGCGUUUGUCUCGUCGCUGCAAAAGGUGCUCUUCGUAAGGCCGUUCAGUCUUUUGUGGGUGCUUAUGAUUCUUCAGUGGUGCCCUGUUCUUGUAAGCCUUUCUUGAAAAGGUGCAAUUUUUUUUUUUUUUUUUAUGGGGAUGGUGCGUUUUUGCACGUCAUUAAUAGGUGACAGUUGAUUUAGUUCUUGAGUUGAGAGCAUCAUACAUGUCAUGAAUCCAAAUAUGGGAGCUUUCGCAGUGUUUGAAACUUUCAGCACAAUCAGUUGCUUUUGAUUCGACUGCGGGCCUUUUUUAGCGUCUGUUGGGUGUUUCGAAUUGAACUUAUUGAGCUUGUACGGGAACCGGUUGAUGUUUGAGCGUUUGUGCUGUUUCGUUGUUGGCAUCAUGGCGUCAUUGAGAUGCUGAAUGAUGUCAAAAAGUUAUGGUGUUCUGCGUGGAGAAUGGCCAGUGUCUGUGGGUUAUAUUGAUUGUUUGUAACAGGGCAUCCUUCCACAUGAGAAGCCUAGGUUGCUUGGUGAUAGGUUCUAACCUAUGAGAAGAGCAAAGAUUGAGCAUUUUUGCCAGUGCAUUCGUAAUUAUCGGCAACAUUCGGGCCUAUCAACUGCGCUAGCUGUACAAGAGGAGUGUUCUCAAGUGGCUGUGAGCACCAAUGUAAUGAUCUUUAAUGGAGAGAAUGAGGAAAAAAAUUAUGUUAUUGAUGGACAGAACAAAAGAAGAUGUCAUCUUCGUGGAAAUAAAGGCCUUUUCCCUCUGGUCGUCAGGAUUUUCCAUUCUCUAGAUUGGAAUCUUGUGAAAGGUUUGAGUUUUGCGGAUAAUGUACACGAUUUUGGUUUAUAUCACAGUCUAAAUGCAUGGGCGAUCCUUGCCCAUAUAUUCUCGCAGGCAGGUCAACAUGGAAAGGUUGGAGAACUGCUUAGGUGUAUGUUGUUAUAUAAGAGGCAGUACAGUUGUGCUGAUUUUGAUAUUUUCACUUUUUUGGUUGAUUUGUCUGGCUCCAGAAAACCAUGUUCUCCUUUUCAUUCAUUGGUUCAGGUCCUGAUCGAGUUCCAAAUGCAUAGGGCUGCACUUAAUACCAUCACCAGAAUGAAGGAGAUAGGUGUUGUCUAUAAGACUAGGUUGUGUAACAUGUUACUGCAAGGCCUGGUUAAGAGUAAGAAAGUAAAGAUGGUGAAGAGAUUGAUAAGGAAGAUGAAGAAUUCUGGUCCCCACCCAAAUGUUUACACUUACACUAUGUUGCUAAAGUUUUAUUGUGAUGAAGGAGACAUCGAUCAAGCAAGUAACAUUCUCCUAGAGAUGGAGUUGAAUGGGAUUGUUCCAAAUGCUGUUUCUUAUUCUACCUAUCUUCAUGGCCUCUGUAAGGUUGCAGACCCUGAAAUGGUGCUGAAGCUUUUUCACAAGAUGAAGGAAAAACAUUUGCCUUUGAAUGACUAUUCUUACAAUGCAAUUAUUCAUAUGUUGUGCCGCAGAGAGGACAUGAAAAAGGCACUGAUAAUUUUUGAAGAAAUGAAGGCUUGUGGUAUAUUACCAACUGUUCAUACAUAUAGUAGUCUGAUUUAUGGGUUUUGCAAACAAUGUCAUUUCUCAAAGGGCUUUGCUCUCUUAGAGGAAAUGGCUUCUGUUGGAAUAAAACCUAACAUUAUUUGUUACAGCAUGUUCCUGAACGGGUUAUGUAAGAACCAAGAAAUUGAAAUUGCUGUAAGAUUUUUUCAUAAAUUGGCAGCUCUUGGCUUUGACCAUGAUGAAGUUACAUAUGGCAUCAUAAUUGAUGGGUUUUGUAGAAAUGGUGAAAUGGCUAUUGCCCACAACUACCUGAAUGCAAUGGUUAAAAAUAACCUUGUGCCAGAUAUUUUCUGCUACACCAGUUUAAUUCAUGGAUAUAGCAGAUGUGGGUGCCUACAGGAAGCUCUUAACAUCUUUAUUGUCAUGCAAGAAAACGGUAUAGCCCCCAAUGUUAUCACCUGCACCAUUCUUGUUGAUGCGUUCUGCAGGGAUGGUCUCAUUCAAGAAGCAUUUAAGUUUUUAGAUGAUAUGCUGGAAAGGGGCAUCAUCCCUAAUGUAAUUACAUACAACACAGUGAUUGAUGGACUUUGUAAGGAAAACAAGGCUUCUGAAGCAUGGUCAUUAUUUCAUGAGCUGGUAAAGAGGGGACUUGUUCCUGAUAAUGUUGUCUAUGGCAGCAUGGUUGAUGGUCUAGUGAAGCAAAAUGACUUUAAAAAUGCAUUUGAGUUGUAUGCUAGAAUGACAAAAGAUGGAAUUCAACUUAAUGCGGUGACGUAUACAAUUUUUAUUCAUGGGCUUUGCAAGAACAACAUGACACAUGAAGCUAUGAGUUUAUUUAAGGAAAUGAUUAGCAAACAAGUGAAUCCUGAUACUAUUGCUUACACAUCAUUAAUUUCUGCAUAUUGCAGGAGCAGAAAUAUGAAGAAAGCUUGGGAACUAUUUUCUACAAUGUUGUACAGUGGAUUAUUACCUGAUGUUGUCACAUUUACAUGUUUGGUGGAUGGAUACUGUAAGCUGCAUCAGAUGCAUGAUGCAGCUAAGCUGUUUGGUGAAAUGGCAAGAAUGGGAAUAUUGCCUAAUGUUGCUACUUACACUGCUCUAAUGAUUGGUUAUCGCAACUCCUGUGACUUGAACAAAAUGCUUAUGGUAUAUGGUAACAUGCUCAGAAAGGGCAUUUCACCUGAUAUGGUGACAUAUUCAGCAUUAGGCUUCAUUAUGAGAAAGAAGGAAUAACCAUGUGAGACCUAACGAUACAGUGGCUAGUGGACGGUCAAUACCCAUGGUCAGAGAAGCUACAGUGAACUAUAGGAAGUGUUUCAUUUGGGGAAGAUGAGCUGAAAUACUGAAGAUGUUGGAAGUAGAGAAACCUCUUUCCUAGACUCUGCAAUAGACAAGGAAAGCACGCAAGUUGGUUGACUCGUUUUGCUAUCGUUCAAUCCUCGCUGUAUGGCAGAUCGAUACAUAUUCAGGUCAAAGCUUCUAUGUGCUGUGUGAAAGAGAUGCUAGUCUCUUGGACGGAUUGUAGUCAUAUUUAGGAAGGCGACUGACCAUAUUAAAGCAGCUGCAAAGUAUACGAAAAUCCAGGUGGUUAGUAUUGUAUUACUGUUGGUGGGGUGUCUUCACAGAAGCAAGAGCGACUAUUGAAAAGAAGGGCACAAAUUAUGUUGGAACUAUGUUGGAACGCGUGGAAGGCUAUGGGAACUUAUCUCUGGAGGAGACAUACAUUUGAUUGAGGAAUGCACCCAUUCAUGUGGCUGAAGGCCUCAUACUCUAGAUGCUGGCUCCGAGAAGUGACUGACCAUGGCCCUAUUGUUGAAUGACAGAAACGUAUGACUAAGUUGAUGCCUUCUCCUGUAAGCUUUGCACACAAGGGUUACAGCGCCAAAAGCAUAUGCUAGAAAAAUUCUAUUACCUAAUUUCUUUUUCUGCGGUUCCCAUGUUGCCGCUUGCCACUCUUGAGGGGCAUGGAGAUGUAAAAUCGUAUCAAAUUGUACAAAAAUAUGGAGUGAAAUUAAACUUAAACUAAAUUAUUUAUCAUAAUUAAAACAUUACUUUUAUCUCUUUAUCUAGUUUUUUUUGUCUCCUUAUAAGUUUGUCAUUGAUGUUAUUUUUACCUAAUUUUUAAAAUUUUUAGAAAAUUUCUGAGAUUUUCCCAAGAAAGCCAACUUUACCAAAAAAUAUCCUAAAAAAAAAAACUCACCGUAAAAAAUCUGAGAACAAUAUUUGUUAUUAACUAUGAUACACACACAUACCCACUAAUUAUCAAAAUUGGAGGUUGGAUACAGGUUGUUCAAGAUCCUGAAAGUAUUAAUAAGGACCAUAGCUUGAUGUCGUCGAGGUCGAUUGACUAUAAAUGACGUGGAAAUAAACCCAGAAACGUAUAUAUCUACGCAGAGAAUGUUCAUAUAUAUUUAUAGGUCAUGAAUUAGUUGGCCAACUUAGGUUGGCUAAUUGAAUAGUCUGACUAACUAUUUGCUGGUUUGGAACAUAGAUUGGUGGGUAACCGAUUCAAUUAAGUAGUUGGUCCGCAGAUCGGGAUUUUGACAAUGGAGUAUAUCAGGUGUCUCAUAUACAGACACUUUUAUGACUUCAAUGAUCUUCCUUUGAAAUCCAGUAUGCUAAAAUUUUCUUACACAUCCCUUUUCAGAUAUUUUCUGUAAUUACCAU